AUGGUUGCGAUCAAUUAUAGUGUCCUCUUCACCAUCCAGACUGUCCUUUUUGGAGGCCCUGGCGCUAAUGUUGAGACUGAUACUGGUAUCAGCACCUUGGCAAAUCCCAGGACCUACGCGGAUCUCAAAUGCACAGUAAACGAUAAACCAGUCACUAUCGGAACAGACGCAGUGAAUUAUGUUCACCAUCACUUCCCACACCCCGGUAACGAUGACGACCCCCGGAGAUAUCCUCACCAGUUUUUCAAUAAAGAUGAAAUUACAUGGGGCAACGAGAGGUGCAACAAACCAGAGGGUGGUGAACAGCCUGUUCUGCUUGAGUUUCCUAUCUUGCUGGAUAAGAGCCAAAAGAAGGCAAUCCAGGAACUCUACAAUUACAAGCAAUUAAAACCCAGGCCGGAGCCAGGGCCUUGCCGCAUCGUUACUCGAAAGAAGGGUGAUGAUCUGUGCGGUGUGAUGUGUCACAUUGAAUAUGGGAAGAAGAAUGCCAAACCUGGCUUCAAACGCUGCACAUGA